UUAAGCGAAGCGUCAACUUUUUCAUAGCACCUUUGGUGGAUAGCAGUGCAGCGUAUUACUGCUAAACAGAAUCGCUUCCGCCGCAUUUGUGUGGUAAAAUGAAUCAACACCACACACAAGGACGGCAAAACGUUGAAAUCACGAAGAAUUAAAGCGAAAUCUAAUGAGGGGAAUAUAGUGUCUACUGUAUUUUGGCAUCAGUUGGCUGAAGAGUAGACUGUGCAGCAAAUAAUCCAGCCUUUGCCAUCAAAAUUGAGCUCAGACGCAUCCUGUUUUCCCUGAUCAUCCUUGAGAUGUUUCUGCAGCUUAAUUGGAGUCCACCUGUGAUGAGAUCCUGACCAAGACCAUGAGCCAGAGAAAGAAAGGAAUACCUUAGUGCUUGACAUCUAAUUUUUCUGAAUCCCAGAUUUCAGUCUUGGUUUUCAUCUGUGCUUCAGGGAUCAUGGACUUAAUGAAUAGAUACCUUCCUUGAUAGAAGUGACUGGAAAGAAUUACUGGAACUUUGUAACAUGUGAGCAUAAAGGAGAUCUCUUAAACCAUGUAGUUAAUUUCAAAUGGAAAGUUAAUUGGAUUUGCAUAUCUACAGUUUCCCAUUUUUUCUUCAGGAACAAUUGAAUGUCAUAUUUAUCCCAUACAAGUUAUCUCUCUUUUGUUAAAUGACCUUUAUCAGAUUUUAAGCAAGUUUUGGUUAAACAGAAAUGGCGUACCAGUCACUUGAAGUUUUAACUGGAAAUGAUUUCAUCUGCACAGAGUGUGGUGAAGGGUUUGGCCAGUACCCAAAACUAAUCAAUCACAUGGCUAAUCAUGGACCCAUUGGACCAUUUUCUUCCACUUCUGAAACUUCAACUAAUGGUUGUGAUAAACUUAUUGAAUUUGCACUUCAUGAAAAUGGAACACUCACAGUGGUUGAUAGAGCUGCUUUGUCAAACUUCUCAUUUCUAUUUGGAAAACCCAUGUCAAAGCUGUUAUCGAACCAAGCACAUUGUCAGGAUCCCUUGCCUUCAAGCAAAAUGGCAGAAAAAGACCAUACCCAGUGUAGAUGUGAGAGAUGUGGUCAAGUGUUUAGGAGCCAGAAAAGUUUGCAACAACAUCAGCGAUAUCGUCCCCUUGAGCAAGGGUUUAAAUGUACCCUAUGUUGCAAAGUUUUUUAUGAUCGAGAGAGCCUUCGUGGGCACCUCCAGAAACAUGCUCAUGAACGUUUUUACAGUUGUGGACAUUGUGGGAAACGAUUCUUGAGACAAGAGACCCUUUUUUUACAUCAGAAAGAAUGGCAUGCAUCACUUGGAUCUAAGAGUUUAAGUAAAUUCGAUGAGGACCGUGAAAAUGGUAUAGAUAAAUCAUAUCCUUGCAAGAUUUGUGGCUUGCGUUUUUUUUGGCUGUCAGACUUGCAGAGCCAUUUGAUUAAUCAUUCUCAUGUCAGCAAAGCAAAUGAUGAUCUUACACAAAAAGAAAAUAUGCAGGGACAGGAUGAUGUUAGCCCUAAGAAAAAUGCCUCCCAUACUCCUGAUGAUUCAAAUGACCGUUCAUAUCGUUGUGGCUUGUGUGGAGGACACUUUAAUUGCUUGUCAGAUUUGAAAGAGCAUCACCUUUCAGAACAUCCAGAGGAGGAUUCUUCUGAACCAGCACCUGAGAUUAAACGACAGUCUGUUAAUUAUUAUGGUAUAAUGCGUCAAAUGGUUUCAAAACACCAAACACAAAGAAUGGAUUUAUUGAGGCCACGGAUGAGAGGUAGACCAAGAGGAGGUGCUUCUAGAGGUAAUCCACAUUCUAAGGUAUUCCCUUGCAAACAAUGCCAUCGUGUUUUUGUGCACUCCAGUAGCCUUUCCCGUCAUAUGCGAUACCACAAGGGCACCCUUCAUACAUGCCUUUAUUGUGGUAGACACUUUCCACAAAGAUGUGAUGUUACAAGGCAUGUUGCUAUGUACCAUAGUUCAGACAUAAAGCUUAAGGCCGAUGUUGAAAAAGUAGACCAGGAAGAUGAAAGUGUUACGCAUGAAUCACCAAAAACUCAGACAAGUAAUGAAAGUGAUCAUGAAGGUGAAAACAGUGAAGACCAGCAGUCACCAAAACCACAAGACAAAGAAGAGUUGCAAGAUACACAAGAGCCCUCUCAAAUCAAGCCACGCAUGAUGUACAAAUGCAAAGACUGUUGUCGAGUCUUUAGGCUACUUAGCGUAUUUCAGCGACAUGUGCGCAACCAUAGAAUACACCCUCCUCGGGUGCUGCUAUUCUGUCCUCGUUGUCCAUGUCGCUUCACCUUCCGCUCUGCUCUAGAGCGCCAUCUAGAGAAUCAUGAUAAAGAAGGGUCAGAGAAGCAUGGUCAGGAACCAUCUUCACCUGCAGAGGCCAAUAUGGAGUAUGUAGAAAAUGAAGACGAUUUGAGUGUUGAAAGGAGUGAGUCAGAACCUGAUUCAAAAGAGAGUCCAUCAACAGAUGUAUUGUAUGAAUGCACUGAAUGUACUGAGACCUUCACAGAGCUACAGCUAUUCCUCAAACAUCAAAGUACUCAUAGUUGAAAGAUAUUUGUAGAGACGAUAAUAUAUACCUUAAACAGUUGAUUUACCUGUUUGAUACAAUGCCACAUCUGCUUGAUAUACUGAUUUUAAAAUCAUGCUUUUUUGAGAGAGUAUGGUCAGAUCUUGGGUCAGAUCAAAGACAAUGCUAAUUUGAUACUUGAAAAUUGGUACUUGGACACAUUUGUUUCCUACAGUGCAAAUUCAAACUCCAUAAUUUUUCCUCUGUUACUGCUAACCUUCAAUUGGUUCUUUAUGAAAACUCAGAACAGCUUAUAUCACCUUUGCAGUGCAUACUUAUUUGAUAUUGAAUGUCUUCAGAGCUGCCAGGUAUUGGGGUCCAAAUCCAAGACAAUCUCACUGAUUUUAUUUAUUUUUAUUUUUUAUUUUGAUGAUAAUUACUGUAAAACAAUAUACUAAAUAUAGACGCACCUUAGUCUGUAUAGUUUUUCCCCUUCUCUGUUUUCCUAUAGAAAGCCAUGAUUAAGCUAUUGGAUGGAAAUUUAAAUGUUUGCAUUAUUUCAACAAUUUAUAAAUCAAGUGUGCCACCAAUAUUUGUCUAAACAGUAUUCUGUUUACAUACCCUUCUUUAAAUACAGAGAUGACACUAAAAAAAAGUACUGCUAAAUGUUUUGCUGACACCCAAUAUGUACCAUUACAAACAGCCUAGUCAUGUGUUUUGGUUCUGACUGACAUUAUUGUCAGAAGUCUAGGCUGGAUUUGGUUGCUUGCAACAAUAUUUGUCCAAACCCAGGGUAUGGUGGUAAUUAAAUUUACUCAUGCAGUGCGUACUGCAGAUUUUAAGGGCUUCCUUGGGAAUUAUUGGGCAACUAGACAGGCGAAAAAAAAGCAUGCUUGUCUGCAAAAUGUGACUACAGUCCCAAAGGUAGUGUAUUUAAUUUUAAAAAAGUACCUUUAAUAUAAUCACUGUAAUUGCAGUUAGGACACAGAUACACAUUUGAGGACAACUCGGUCAUGACAUUUCCUUUAACCUUAUCCUUUUUGGGCUGUAUAUGCAAAGCAGGGCCUAAAGAUUUGGACUGGCUGGUUGCAAUUCAACCAGCUCAUUUUGGGACAUUGUCUUUUGGUCAAUGAGAAACCUUUGUGCCUCGAUGUGAACAACUUUAUCUGAAAAUUCCCUGGGAGUAGUAAACAUAUAACCAUUGUUUGAGAAUAAAUGUAUUGCUGGUGGGUCCAAAGGCACAGACUAUGUUAUUCAGGGAAUACCAAGGUCUACAAUGAAGUACAUGUGAUUUUCUUUAGUCCAACACUCCAGUAUAAUGUCUCACUUUAUGAACAUGUCCUUCACAGGCAGAUUGAGGAAACUUACCAAAUGGCCAUCUUAUUUGUUUGUGGUAAUUGAGUAAUUUCUUUCUUUUUUUAAUAAUGACUGAAACACAACUACAUAUCUCUUGUGUACUCGUAUUAAUAAAAAUGAUCUGACAUCAUGAAGAA